UACGCCGGCGACGUCGGCAGCGCGAGGCUUCGCGCGUGAGCGGCGCGGGCGCUGGGCCUGGCUACCGAGCUUUCCUGGCCGGCGAGGAGGUCCUCGACGCCGGCGCCUGGGGGAGCGCGGGGAGGAGGGAGGUUUUGGUGUCAGCGGUGUAGUUGACGGCAGUCCCGGCCAUGGAAGAGACGCAGCCGCUUCCGCAGUCCGAGCUGCCACUGUGCGACAGCCUCAUCAUCUGGCUGCAGACAUUCAAUACUGCUGCACCUUGUCAGGAUGUGAAACAGCUGACUAAUGGAGUUGCCAUGGCACAAGUUCUUCAUCAAAUUGAUGUAGCUUGGUUCAAUGAAUCUUGGUUAAGCCGAAUUAAAGAGGAUAUCGGUGACAACUGGCGAAUAAAGGCUAGUAAUUUAAAGAAGGUACUUCAAGGAAUUAUGGGUUAUUACAAUGAGUUUUUGGGACAACAGAUUUCUGAAGAACUUAUCCCUGAUUUAAACCAAAUAACUGAAUGUUCAGAUUCUGUGGAGCUUGGGAGGUUGCUCCAGCUUAUUUUAGGUUGUGCUGUCAACUGUGAAAAGAAGCAAGAACAUAUUCAAAAUAUAAUGACACUGGAAGAGUCUGUUCAACAUGUGGUCAUGACUGCUAUUCAGGAGUUGAUGAGUAAAGAAAUAGUGAGCUCUCCUACAAAUGAUGCUGUUGGAGAAUUAGAGCAACAGCUUAAAAGGGCCCUGGAAGAACUUCAGGAAGCACUAGCAGAAAAAGAAGAACUGAGGCAAAGAUGCCAAGAACUAGAUAUGCAGGUGACAGCACUUCAAGAUGAAAAGAAUUCACUAGUUUCUGAGAAUGAGAUGAUGAAUGAAAAACUUGACCAGUUGGAUGGCUCUUUUGAUGAUCCAAAUACAAUGGUUGCAAAAAAGUAUUUUCAUGCACAGUUGCAACUAGAACAAUUACAGGAAGAAAACUUCAGGCUCGAAGCUGCAAAAGAUGAUUACCGUGUUCACUGUGAAGAACUUGAAAAGCAAUUAAUUGAAUUUCAACAUAGGAAUGAUGAAUUGACUAGUCUUGCUGAGGAAACAAGAGCCCUGAAAGAUGAAAUAGAUGUUCUUAGGGCUACCUCUGAUAAAGCAAAUAAACUGGAGUCAACAGUUGAGAUAUAUCGUCAGAAGCUACAAGAUCUGAAUGACCUUCGCAAGCAGGUGAAAACUUUACAGGAAACAAACAUGAUGUAUAUGCAUAAUACAGUCAGCUUAGAAGAAGAAUUAAAGAAGGCAAAUGCAGCACGUACACAAUUAGAAACAUACAAGAGACAGGUUCAGGAUCUUCACGUUAAACUUUCCUCUGAAUCCAAAAGGGCGGACACACUAGCAUUUGAAAUGAAGCGGCUUGAAGAAAAACAUGAAGCUUUACUUAAGGAAAAAGAGAGACUAAUAGAACAGCUUGAUACUCUGAAAGAAACAAAUGAAGAGCUUCGAUGUUCACAAGUACAACAGGAUCACCUAAACCAAACAGAUGCAUCUGCUACAAAAAGCUAUGAGAAUCUUGCUGCUGAGAUUAUGCCAGUGGAGUAUAGGGAGGUGUUUAUUCGACUGCAACAUGAAAAUAAGAUGCUUCGAUUACAGCAGGAAGGUACUGAGAACGAACGUAUUGAAGAACUUCAGGAGCAGCUGGAACAGAAGCAGCGCAAGAUGAAUGAAUUGGAAACUGAGCAGAGGCUGAGCAGAGAACAAAUUCGAGAAUUGCAGCAGCAGAUUGAGGACCUCCAGAAAUCUUUGCAAGAACAAGGCUCCAAGUCUGAAGGAGAAAGUUCCAGCAAACUAAAGCAGAAGUUGGAAGCUCAUAUGGAAAAACUAACGGAGGUCCAUGAAGAAUUACAGAAGAAACAAGAGCUCAUUGAAGACCUCCAGCCAGAUGUAAACCAGAAUGUACAAAAGAUCAACGAACUUGAAGCUGCUCUUCAGAAGAAAGAUGAAGAUAUGAAAGCAAUGGAGGAAAGAUACAAAAUGUACUUAGAGAAAGCAAGAAAUGUAAUAAAAACUUUAGACCCCAAAUUAAAUCCAGCAUCAGCUGAAAUAAUGCUACUUAGAAAGCAGUUGGCAGAGAAAGAGAGAAGAAUUGAGAUUCUGGAGAGUGAAUGUAAAGUAGCAAAAUUCCGUGAUUAUGAAGAAAAACUCAUUGUUUCUGCCUGGUAUAAUAAGAGUCUAGCAUUCCAGAAAUUAGGGAUGGAAUCUAGACUCGUGAGCGGCAGUGGUGCUUACAAAGACACGGGGGCUUGUGCUCCUGCCCGGUCUUUCCUAGCACAGCAGCGGCACAUCACCAGCACCAGAAGAAAUCUCUCUGUUAAAGUUCCUGCUACGACAUCUGAUUAAACUGCAAAAGAACACAUAAACAGAAGUGCCCUUAAAAUAUUUUGUAUCUUUCAACUAACUACCAGGUUGGAAAAGAAGUGUAUGAUUCUGGAUAUCAGCGAUUUUAAAAUCAAAAUGCAUAAAAUAAAUUAGUCUUGCCAGCUGAUUUUGAAAACAGAAUGUGGUAUUAGCUAUC